UUUUACCCCCUCAGGUAUGUAUCACCAGAUGAAACCACCGAGGCCAUAGCCUCCUCUGUGGGCCUCGGUCCCUUUUUGUAUCCUGCACUCUCAUGUGAUCCCUCUGCACCCCCAUUAGAUCCGGUCACAGAGACCGGAACAGGCAAGGAGGCAAAGAACAAAGGGAAAGCCGAGAACCUCCGAUGUGAUCUUUUGAAUGAAACAAUUGACAAAGCUUGGCCCUUUCAAGCAGAUGGGGUACGAGCUGGAAAACCCCUAGUGGGACUGCAGGAGCACCCUGUGGUUUUUAGGGUAUUCAGGGAACCCUUAACAAUGGCCAUAAGGCCUGAUGAAAGAUCCGACGAUGCGAAAGAAACUGCACUGAAAGGCGGUUGGGAAGGACCAUGGGAGCUCACUACAUGGGCCUCACUCAUAAAAGAGGUAAUUGAGAACCAGUUCAUCCCGUUAACAGACCUCCCUGCGAUCCCUCGGGAAGAGAGGGUCAGAGCAUCUGACCUAUAUUACUACACCACAAACAUCGAUGCUUGGUGUCCGAGAGGAACUCGGCCUAAACAGAAAGCCGCAAUUUACACUGUCACCUCUGAGGCGUGGAAUCGUCAAGGAAUCUUGCAGAUCCCUGGGACUGUGGCUCAGAGGACCCGGACUCCCAUCCGCCCUGACUCAACUUGUAAAGUAAGAAUUGCAGUCCAAAUGGUGAUUGUCCCUUUAAAAGGAGUUUACUCCAUUGGAGCUACCAUCACUGUCUUGGCACGUCGUCGUGAAGAGUUCAGCGCACACGAGGCCCAUGCCCCCCUCCCUAAAGUACCUGAACCACCAACUCGUCGCCACUCUAUCUCGCUCCUGAAAACCCUGACCCGCAUGCCUUCGCGGUUGCGCAGGACAGAGAGUGAGAGGAAGUAAGUAAAUCUUCGGUUUGACAUGUAGUUCUCCUCCAUGAAUCAAAUUUUGACAUCAUUUCAUCUCCAUGGGAUCGGUUGUGGGAUGAUUGACCCCAAUAAUCCCAGGAGAGGGGGUGGAGCCUAAAUGACAGGACAAGAUUAAGUGUAACCACACCCCCAAUAGAAGAAGCCAACACCCCCCUUCGCUAGGAUAAAAAGCCUGUCAGUGGRCCACACUAAGCAGAAGGAAGAUGGAGGGGACCAACUACAUGUCACAAACCCAAGAAGACCCAGAGGACGAUGAUGGAGGAACCAACCCCUACGAAAAUCCCCUCCCCAARAACAGCUGUAGCUGCAGCUGUAAGAAGAAGCCAUGUGUUGAGAUUGGCUUAAGGCUUUUAGCUUUAUUUCUUGCUGUCGCUUUGAUUUUGUCAAUUUUGUAUCAAGUGGGAUACCGGCCAUGGGAAGUCACUCAUGCCAGAGUGYUUCAUGCCAACACAAAAUAUGGAAAUUUGACAUGCUGGAAUGUCAACGCUCUCAACUUGUUCCUACCCUGGGGGGCUAAYCAAACCAACAAAACUGAUUUUUGGAACAGAGUGAAAAGAAUGGGUUAUGAAGCAUGGAAAGAMAACCUAGAUGAUUGGGAUGCCUGGACGAACGAAUUGGCACAACAGAACUUCACUGAAGACCACAAUUGGACAGUCUCAAACAUACUAGCCACAAAAGAUGGAUUGGUAGUAUGGGUUAAAAUGCUAGAAGAACAUGAAACCAAGACAACAAAGUGUAACUGGAUACAGCCAGAAGGAGAACCACCCGAAUGGCACUGUGACUGGGGAUGCAGGCCUCUGUUAGGCCUGGCACACCAAGGAUACUGGCAAUAUGAAGCUAUAUUUCCAGCACCCCACAAACAUGUAUAUUGCUCGGCCAUAUUUCCAAGAUGGGAGUUUUGGGGACACUAUGAUCUCAAAUGUGACAAAAUUCCGGUGAUGAACAGAACCAGAACUAAACCAGCAAGGAAACACCCAACGUCCUACAAAAAGAAGGCCAAAGUAGCAACUAUCCAGCACAGUAUUGUUGUAACAUAUAAUGGUUCAAUCCAAGGUGCUGCUCCGACUGUGCAUCAUGGUAAAAAGCAAACUGAACAACAUGCUUCGGAAGAAUGUUUGACCGACAUCAGACGCCUCGAUCCCUGCAU